UUCGACUACACCACCUUGUCCACCUUGCCGGGGCCCUCAGUCGGCUAAACUGCGUAGAGAGCAGAGAGGGAAGGGCAAAGGGGAAAACAACCGUGCGCAUCGUGGACGAAACAUGGAAUUCCUCCGACGUCCGAGUUCGCGCCUCUCUUUGCCUAGAGUUUCGCCAAGGGCUGUCAAUCGGCUCGUCGAAGGCUUGUCACAACUCGAGUCGAGACGGCAUCCCAUUGCCGAGCUUUCGUCCCGCCUACUGGUCCUGCCAAGCCAUGUCAACGGCCGGCUGGGAAUGUCACAAUGGCACGUCGUUCACGUCUCUUCGAUGACGGUUCGAAGUUUGUCGUGAACUAUCCUCUGAUCAACAUCCCACCACCUCGGGCGCAGGUCAUCUAGCUUCCAUGAGUAACAUCCACCCAGCUCCCUAUGGAGAAAGGGACCACAAUCUAAGUCUAUCCGUCUUCUUUUCGAAGACCGAAACGAAAGCGGAGUCUUAUCUACCUUGUGUACGGAUAGAAUCUCUGCCUACGCACUCUCAGCCUCUACCUCAUAUGUCCUUCCGCCUCUGAGUGGAACCCGGCCACGGUGAGUCGAGCUGUGUCGAGAGAUCCGGGGCCCUUACCCAACAAGGCAUGGUGGCAUGGCCUCGACGCUCUCCCGUACUCGGAGUAUGGGUACCUGAGGGGCGCCCACUUGCCUCCCGGAGCUUCCUGAACACGAAUGGAGACGCUUCUCUCGCGAAUUCCGUGGUGUUUGGGCCCGUCUCAACCUCCAUCAGAAUCAGUCAGCGGCGUAUCUGGCCCAAGCUCGCUGGUCAGGACCAGCGACCUCACACGCCUCACGUUUGAGGAUCUACACCAUCCUAGCGUCGUUCUCAAAUCUUUUGCAGAAUGACAUGGGAUGGCCCUUGUCCUUCCCAGGAACGCUCCCGCCGCUAAACCUUGUCCGACAUCAUCGUCGCCCUCAUCGACGCCGAGCCCCAAACAACCGUGGAGACUCCUUAGCCUUACUCCUGAAGAGAGCCUCCUCGCUCCCCCACAACCAUGAUUUUCAGAGAUCUACCAAUCGGGUCCGAGAUCACCAAUAGCUUGUUCCUGCAUGAUCCAUUCUCGCCGUCUUUGCCGGAGGGAAACUGGACUCGGUCUAUGUAACUCCCUGGCGCGUGGCGUUUCUCCCUCGCCUGGCCAUCGCUCAGGACCCGCAAACCCCUUCGAAACGAUCGAAAACCAAUCGCAUCUUUGGGAAGCUCGUCUUUGCUGGUGCACACAGCCUGCGUCGUCCAGUCGUCAGAUCAAUGCUUCAACUGAUCUUUCGUGAGAAGUCAGCGGCAAGAUGCUUCACUCAGGAGAACGACGCAACGGCCGCAAUCCCUGGCCUUGGGAGAUGGGCCCGUAGUUUGCCAAGCCCCAUCAAAUGUCUCCCAAGACUGUCCAAGACCUGUCAUCCAGAGUAUCGACAAGUUUGUAUAAGAAUCACUCGCAUGUCCGGUCAAACUUUCAUCUUUUCCCUUCUCAUCAGCAUCUCAUCUUCACUUCAGCCUUCUUUCAUCUGCCUUUCUUUCCGACACGAGCCCGGAGCUCCUACACGGCCUUUUACACUUUAAUAGUACACAUUCUUAGUUUUACUCAACUUUCACCAAUCUUUUCAACCGCCAAAAUGAAGUACGGCUCAGCUCUCCUCCUCGCGGCUUUCGCUGCCACCAACGUCUUUGCCCACGGUGUCAUCGACGGUGUUCAGGGUGCCAACGGCGUCAACCUUCCCGGUCUCUCUUUGAUCGAUGACACUCCCCGUGACUGCGCCUCUCCCCGCUGCGGCUCCGAGGCCGAUACCUCCAUCAUCCGUGACCGCGAGCUCGGCACCGCCAAGGCCUCCGCUCUUGGCCGCACCCAGGGUGGUGGUCCCGUCGAUGCCGCCGCCAUGAUGGCAACCUUCAUGAACGGUGCCGCCGGCAACACAACCGCCACCAAGGCUGCUCGUGAGAUCCACGAGGCCAACCUCGCCCGCCGCUACGCCAACAUCGCCGCCCGCCAGGCCGGCAAGGGCACCAAGACCCCCAAGGGCACCGUCGAGACUGGUGUCAAGGCUGCCACCGGUAUGGCCGCCCAGCAGGGCAUGCCCACCACCGCCGACGACGGCACCAUCUCCAUGACCUUCCACCAGGUCAACCAGGACGGUGCUGGCCCCCUCAAGGCCGACAUUGACGGCACCUCCGGCGGUACCGACCCCGCUGCCUUCAAGACCGCCGAGGUCACCCAGAACGUCCCCGGUAUCGGUAUCGGCGGUCUCUCCGGUGCCUCCACCAUGGACUUCCCCGUCAAGGUCCAGAUGCCCGCUGGCAUGACCUGCGACGCCAACGUCGGUGGCGCCAGCAAUGUCUGCGUCGCUCGCCUUCGCAACGCCGCCCUCGCCGGUCCCUUCGGUGGCUCCGUCGCCUUCACCCAGUCCACCGCCGCCCGCAAGCGCGCCGUCGAGUUCAACCUCAAGAAGCGCUCCGAGCGCCGCUCCGCCCGCGACUUCAAGGCCUAAAGUGGUUUCGCACUUUAUUCCGAGCAUCGGACAAGUAAUUUGCGCACGGCUACGCAGCAGGGAGGGAAGAAGGUCGCCAUCUACAUAUUUCGGUGUCGACGCAUUGGGUUUAUCGAGUAGCCUUGCCAGGGGCAUUGGUGCUGCGAUCUAACAACCGUCGAACGGGGGGGUUAAACAGUCCAAACAGACUGAGUUCUGGCUUCAUUGCCCGCUACUCACUCUCUCUCUUGUAUCAUUGCAUUCCAUCCUUUACAUGAUAUCCUGUGGAUACGUUGGGAAUUUGUCUAUAGUCCUG